CCCUGUUUUGUGCUGUCUAUACUGUGGUGUUCGUCGCUUCAAUUAAUUUUUUUUAAAUAAAGCCAAUCGAUUACUCAAAAUGUUGGACACAGCUGAAAUGAUAACGUUUACCGAAAAGUUGAUCGAAGAAAUAAAACACUAUCCCGUUCUGUACGACAAGGUAGCUGCGCGUGGAAAGGACUUCGAAAAAGAAGAAGCGUGGGUAUCUCUCACAGAACGUUUACCAUCAGAUCUUAAAGUUACAGUCGAUGACACGAAAAAAAGAUGGCGAACCUUGAAAGAUUGUUAUUCCAAAUAUCUUCGCAGUGGUACGACAAGCAAUAAAUACGAGGCACGUUACAAAUCAUGGCGGUGGUCAGGACACAUGGAAUACUUUAAGACCUAUGUGUUGCACACCUAUCAUAAUGGCGAUGAGAGCCUGUUUUUAAGGUCCACGAAGAAAUUUAGAAGACUAAGAGAUCGCGCAAGAUUAGAAAAUAAUAGAGUAAAGAACCGAACAGAAGAGCAUUUAAAAGGCGAAGAGUUUAUCAAAAAUGACACUGUCCAACCACAAAUAAUAGAUAAAAACAUCAAAGGUGAGAUUGAUGAGGAUGUCUUAGAAGAGGUGGACGACGAAUCUUAUCAAGCAGUUGCUAAUGCCGUGUCAGAGUACGCAAAUACUUCAUCAGUUGGUUGGGAUCAAGAAAUUGAUGAAUCAGAUACUAGAGAAAACCUUCAAAAUUCCUCCCCGAAGAGUAUCGCAUCGGUUGAGCACGAGAAUUUUAUUGAUCCUUUGUUGGGCAGAAGUUUCGAUGGAAUUGAUUUAACAUUUCUUGGGUAUGCUAGCAGCAUCAAAAAGCUCACACCGCGAAGGCAAUCACUGAUCAAAUUUGCAGUAGCUAAACUUAUAAUGCAAGAAGAGUUGGCGCAGCAAAGUGAAAAUCAAACAAGUUCAUCUUAUGAAGGAGUCGUAAAAAAUGAUAUAAGCAUUGAGAGGGUGUGAUUUACAUUUGAUUCACAUUUACGCCCUAUGCUGUAAUCCGGCGUAGCUGGCAAUUUGAAGAAUUUUGUGGAAAUUUUGUACGAACAUUCGGAGUGAUAUCGAAGCUGAAGGAGUUUUACAAAAAUUAUACUCGCCUAUACUAUAAUCCGUCGUUCGUCCAAUUUUGAUACGAAUCGCAGUAUCGGUAUGUUGUUCACCCCAAUUCUCCCGAUAGAGAAAUCCUCGAAUAAUUAACUCAAAGGGAAUAGCAUUU